GCAAGCGUGGAGUUAAAAUGUCCACAUAAUCACAUAUAUAGCACUGUCACUUCACUUUGGCUCCCAUGUGCCCUGCUUGGCUGCUUCUGUGUAUGUUCAAGCAAUUCACUUGACUUUGGAAUAUAAUAUCUUUUUGUAUGUGUGAAGUUAAUAAAAAUUCAACACUAACUCUUACCAUCAGUAUUUAAAUGCAUGCUUCUUCAUUAUUUCCCACAUAAUUAUCAAAACCAAAACAAAACUAUUUAUCAUAAACCUCUUUGUCCUAAACAAAAUGAAGUCAUUUUCUUGCUUGUCAAGGAUACUUAUGUACAUACACCUUCAUCUUCUUUUUCUGUUUACCUUAAAUAUAAUGUGGUUUGGUACAAACAAAACUGUGGCAGUGGCAUUAGGAAACCAAACUGAUUAUUUGUCAUUGCUUAAAUUCAAAGAAUCAAUAUCCAAUGAUCCAAAUGGAGUCUUAGAUUCUUGGAAUUUUUCCAUCCAUUUAUGUAAGUGGCGUGGAGUCACAUGCAGCUCUAUGCAACAAAGAGUUAUAGAGUUGAACCUUGAAGGAUAUCAGUUGCAUGGAUCCAUAUCACCAUAUGUAGGCAAUCUUACUUUUCUUACAACCUUGAAUCUCAUGAACAACAGCUUCUAUGGAACAAUCCCGCAGGAGUUGGGUCAGUUGCUACAAUUGCAACAACUUUAUCUCAUCAAUAACUCUUUUGCAGGAGAAAUUCCUACAAACCUGACACAUUGCUCCAAUCUCAAAGAGUUACGUUUGGGAGGAAACAAUUUGAUUGGCAAAAUACCGAUUGAAAUUGGCUCUUUGAAAAAGCUUCAAUAUGUGACCAUUUGGAAAAACAAAUUAACCGGAGGAAUUCCUUCAUUCGUAGGGAAUCUUUCAUGCUUAACGCGUUUUUCAGUUACUUCAAACAACUUAGAAGGGGAUAUUCCACAAGAAACAUGUCGUCUCAAAAAUUUGAGAGGUUUAUUUAUGGGUGUAAACUAUUUGUCUGGUAUGAUUCCUUCUUGUCUUUACAAUAUCUCAGCACUUACUGAACUCUCACUAACCAUGAAUAGAUUUAAUGGCUCACUUCCACCCAACAUGUUUUACACCCUCCCUAAUCUCAAAUCUUUUGAACCUGGAGGAAAUCAAUUCUCAGGUCCAAUCCCUGUUUCCAUUGCAAAUGCUUCUUCCCUACAAAUAAUUGAUUUAGGUCAAAACAAUUUGGUUGGACAAGUUCCAAGUCUAGAGAAGUUACCAGAUCUUUACUGGCUGAGUUUGGAAUACAACUAUUUCGGUAACAAUUCAACUAUAGAUUUAGAGUUUUUAAAAUAUUUGACAAACUGUAGUAAACUAGAAAAGCUUUCUAUAUCUAAUAAUAAGUUUGGAGGUAGUUUGCCAAAUUUCAUUGGCAAUUUAUCCACCCAUCUUAGACAGCUAUAUCUUGGAGGUAAUAUGAUAACAGGAAAAAUUCCCAUGGAAAUAGGAAAUUUGGUUGGCUUAACUCUCUUGUCCAUGGAACUUAACCAAUUUGAUGGAAUUGUUCCGUCUACUUUAGGGAAGUUCCAAAAUAUGCAAAUUUUGGAUCUAAGCGAAAACAAGUUGUCAGGAUAUAUACCACCCUUCAUAGGCAAUCUCAGUCAAUUGUUUAGGUUGGCUGUACACAGUAACAUGUUUCAAGGAAAUAUUCCUCCAAGCAUAGGAAAUUGUCAAAAGUUACAAUACCUAGAUCUUUCUCAUAAUAAACUUAGUGGAUCCAUACCUUUAGAGAUUUUUAAUCUUUUUUAUUUAUCAAAUUUAUUGAACUUGUCGCAUAACUCUUUGAGUGGUAGCUUACCAAGAGAAGUGGGUAUGCUAAAAAAUAUUAAUAUGCUAGAUGUAUCUGAGAAUCAACUAUCUUCUUAUCUUCCUAGAACAGUUGGUGAAUGUAUAAGUUUAGAAUACCUUCUUUUGCAAGGUAACUCCUUCAAUGGAACAAUACCUUCCUCUUUGGCUUCUCUCAAAGGUCUUCGAUAUUUAGACCUUUCAACAAAUCAAUUGUCUGGAUCAAUUCCUGAUGUUAUGCAGGAUAUCUCAUGUUUAGAACACUUGAAUGUUUCUUUUAACAUGCUGGAAGGUGAGGUCCCGACAAAUGGUGUCUUUAGAAAUGCAUCCAAAGUAGCAAUGAUUGGAAACAAUAAGCUUUGUGGAGGUAUUUCUCAGCUGCAUCUAGCACCAUGCCCUAUCAAGGGUAGGAAACACCCAAAACACCAUAUAUUCAGGCUGAUAGCAGUGAUAGUUAGCAUGGUUUCUUUUCUUCUCAUAUUUUUAUUUAUUAUAACUAUCUACUGGGUAAGGAAAAUAAAUCAAAAAAGAUCUUUCGAUUCACCACCAAAUGAUCAAGAAGCUAAGGUUUCAUUCCGAGACUUAUACCAAGGAACCGAUGGGUUCUCAGAUAGAAACUUGAUCGGAUCAGGAAGUUUUGGUGAUGUGUACAGAGGAAAUCUUGUGUCAGAAGACAAUGUUGUUGCUAUAAAGGUCUUCAACCUCCAAAACAAUGGAGCUCACAAGAGUUUCAUUGUUGAAUGUAAUGCACUAAAAUUUAUUAGACACCGAAAUUUAGUUAAGAUUUUAACAUGUUGUUCUAGUACAGAUUACAAAGGUCAAGAAUUUAAAGCCCUAGUUUUUGAUUACAUGAAAAAUGGAAGCUUAGAACAAUGGUUGCAUCCCAAGGUUUUAAAUGAAGAGCAUACAGCAACAUUGGACCUCAGUCAUAGAUUAAACAUCAUUAUGGAUGUUGGUUCUGCAUUACAUUAUCUUCAUAAUGAAUGUGAGCAAUUGGUCCUUCAUUGUGAUAUAAAGCCAAGCAAUGUCCUACUUGAUGAUGAUAUGGUUGCACAUGUGAGUGAUUUUGGCAUAGCAAGACUUGUCUCGGCCAUUGGUGGUUCCUCUCAUAAGAAUACUAAGACAAUUGGAAUUAAAGGGACUGUUGGCUAUGCUCCUCCAGAGUAUGGGAUGGGUGCUGAAGUAUCCACAUGUGGUGAUAUGUAUAGCUUUGGAAUCCUUAUGUUGGAAAUGCUUACCGGUAGAAGACCCACUGAUGAGGCAUUUGAAGAUGAUCAAAAUCUACAUAACUUUGUUGCAACACUGUUUCCUGCUAAUCUUAUAAAGAUCUUGGACCCACAUCUUGUGUCAAAAUAUGCAGAAGUAGAAAUACAAGAUGGAAAGAGUGAGAAUCUUAUUCCAAGUUUAAAGGAGUGCUUAGUUUCACUUUUUAGGAUUGGACUUCUUUGUUCAAUGGAAUCACCCAAAGAAAGAAUGAAUAUUGUGGAUGUUACUAGAGAACUUAACACAAUCCAUAAAGCCUUUCUCACUGGUUUUCUGUUACAGCCCAAAUAUGUUAAUCCCCAAGUCCAAGUUGCAUUAGAUAUUUUAGGUCACGAGUCAAGCUCUCUUGAAGGAUCUGGAUCAGUCUAAUUGGAGGAGUCAUGGUUAGUUUGUUAGGAUUAUGAAAUGCUAUAUAUAAAUGUAUGAUUAUCAAGAAUGAAUAUGAAGGAAAGUUUCUCAACUGGUUAGUCA